AUGGGGAGCACAGGGACAACAAUAACAAGUGUGGUGGCGCACAUAGACCACGGAAAGACAUCGCUCAUAGACAGCCUUGUUGCAUCCCAGGGACGGAUAUCAAGGACGCUUGCCGGGUCAAUCAGAUUCCUCGAUACAAGAGAGGACGAGCAGGCCAGGGGAAUAACCCUGAAGUUGGGUGUCAUCUCCCUGGAACACGGAGGAUGCAGAUACGUGUUCAUAGAUACGCCAGGCCAUGUUGACUUUGAGUCCCUGAUCCAGUCAAGCUCAAUAUUCUCCGACAACUUCCUGGUUCUUAUCGACGUUAACGAGGGAAUAACACCGAGGACCUAUUCGCUUGUGAGGUAUGCAAAGGGGAGGAGAUGCGCCCUUGCCAUAAACAAAAUAGAUAAAAUAGCCUUUCCACAGGAGCUUCUGGAGAAGACGCUUUCUGUGAUAUCGUCGAUAAACGGGCUCAUUGGUGAAGAUACUUUCGGGUGGGAGGACAACAACGUCAUAUUGUGCUGCGCCACCCUUUGCUAUGGGAUCAGCAGAGAAACGUUCCAGAAGGUUGUUGGAAAGACUGGGACUCUGAAGGAUGCAAUCAACCUUCUGUUCCAUGUGUAUAGGAGAAUUGAAGAGAAGGAUGUGGAUAGGAUAUGCGAAAGAUUUAAGGUUGUUGGCAGAAGCAAAAAGAGCAUCCUCUCGACCAUGCUUCCUCUAUCUGACUGCGUGUUUGGUUCGGUAAGCUAUGAUGCCGAGGACAGCACAAGGUUGUUUCUCGAGUCUGGUCUAAUAAAGCUGAGUCCGGUACCAUCGGAUAAGACGCCUUCGCUGAUGGGAGUCACUGUUUAUGGAGUUCUUAAGACGCCUCUGAAGUACACCCGGGCCUCUUUGCUUUUUGUCACAAGACUGUUUCAUGGAACUGUGAGGGUGGGGGAUGUUGUAUAUUCUGCAGACGGGAGUACCAUUUCGGAGUGCACUGUGGAGAGUCUAUACCUGUUUGGAAUAAACGAGCUGGUUGAGAAGGACGAAGUGUCUGGGCCUAAUCUUGUUUGCAUAGGGGGCAGGCUCUUGAAGAACUCGCUUGUGACGGACGUUCCUGUGGGCAGGAUGGAUGUUCUAAGCAGGAUAACACCCUUCUACAAGUUCAAGAUUGUGCUGGACGACAUUGACAAGCUCGACGAGCUGAAGGAGGUUUUCCGCGUGAUGUCGUGCACAGAGCAAUUUUUGAAGGUAAGGCUCAACAAGUACAGGGAGAUGGAGGUCUCGUGCACAGGAAAGGUCCAAUCGGAAAAGAUAGCCACAGACUUGGCUGGUCUAGGCUUCAGGUUUUCGAUUGUGGACCCCGAGGAGCAGUUCUGCGAAUAUGCUGCAGAGCCCUCUGACGGGGUCUUUGCCUCAGAGGGACUCAGCUUAAGGAUUUCGAUCUGCAGGGCAUACGAAGGAGAAGAAGACGGCUCUGCUUGCUUCAGGAGAUGGAGAGAUGGAAACGGAAACCAGUUUGUCCUCAUGUCUGGACUGUACUUCGAGAUAGCUGCCAGCGUGCUUGAGAUGUUUGUCUCAAGCGGGCCGCUGAUAAAGGAAAGGAUAUACGAGACAAGGUUUGUGCUUGACCUGCGGGGAGACGCAGAGACGAUGGAUUCUGAUGCGCUGUAUUCGUUUCUGAAGAGCUCGCUUACUUCUGUGUAUCUUUGCUGCUCUCCGUCGAUUGCACCGACAUUUUAUGAAUGCAGCAUCUCGAUCCAGAAGGAGUUUAUUGGAGAGACAUACAGGUGCCUUUCAAAGUACAGCUAUACUGUUCUUCAGGAGAACUACGAAGAAAAGACAGGCUUCUAUGUCCUGACGGUGCUCAUUCCCCAGUUUUUGUACCCGGGCUUUCUUGAGGACAUCAGGGUAGGGACAAAGGGAACAGCAUAUCUCCUGGUGGGAGACGUGGGAUACAAGCUGAUGCUAGACUUCAGCAAGUAUGUGGACGGGAUAAGAAAGAAGAAGGGCUUGUUUGUGGAGGAGAAGAUUGUCGAGGAGCCUUCGAGGCAGAGAACGUACAAGAGGUAA